GAUGGGGUGAAGCACCACGUGAGGACCUGCAUCCCCGAAGCCAAACUGAUCCCAGCUGGGAAGCCCUUCUACUGCCUGAGCUCCGAGGAUCUGCGCAACACCCACUGCUGCUACUCUGAUUUCUGCAACAAGAUUGAUUUGAUGGUUCCCAGCGGACACCUGAAAGACAACGAGCCCCCGUCGAGCUGGGGCCCGGUGGAGUUGGUGGCAGUGAUUGCUGGGCCCGUCUUCCUCGUCUUCGUGGUCGUCAUCAUCGUCGUCUUCGUGUUUCAUCACCACCAGCGCGUUUAUCACAACCGGCAGCGGCUGGACAUGGAGGACCCCUCUUGUGAAAUGUGCCUGUCCAAGGACAAGACGCUGCAAGAUCUCGUCUACGAUCUCUCCACCUCUGGCUCUGGCUCAGGUAGGGAGGCUCUGACUGGCCGGGACCGAGGAGGACAAGCAGCUGGGGCGGGUUGUGGCUCGGUUUGCUGUUGCCUCACCUCCCCACACUGCCCUGGAGGAGGAGGAGCAAACGCUGCUUGCAGAGCCCGUUUCAGCCCUGAGAGCCCUCGGUUCUCCCGCAGCCAGCAGUGCGUUUCAAAAGAGCUCAUCCCUGCAACGCUGAGGGAAACAAGGGCUUGGUUGGCUGUGAGCUGUGGAAGCCGUUAGGUUAAAAAAGAAAGAGAAUUUUACGGCGGAUGGAAACGUGAUCCUCAGAGGCAGAGAACAGAGCAGCCUGAGCUGUGAGCGGGGAGCCGACCUUCGGCACCACAUCUGCUCUGUACGAACGGUUUAGGGGAUCCCUCCUGCGCUCCCUGCCAGCAGGUGAGCUGUGCAGCUUACGUGAGAUGCGGCCCCUCUGCUGGGAUGCUUUUCCUAAGAGAGGUUCUGGGGUUUUACUGCUUGUCAGCGCUGCCAGCCUUCAGCCUCCACUCUGCAGGUUGCACUUAUCUGAUCUGCC